GCGAUAAAAUACAGAGACCGAGGACUGGCAGAGCGAUAAUGUCGGCUGGUUUUCGAGUAGAUACAAGUUACAAGAACUGAUAUGGACCACUCCGUUCACUCAGACGUCAACACCACAUCGCGCGAGAUAGAGGAGCGGCUGCCUGUGUACGAAGAAGAGCAGGAAGAGGAACGCACGCUACAGCCUCCUGCUGAGAGCCCGUCGGUGUCGGACGACGAUCCAUCGAGAGCACCGGUCAUCAAAGAAAUCAUAAAGACACCGCCGCGACGGCUCAGGCUGAUGUUGAACGAGGCCCAGGCGAAGAGCGUGACGCACCCUCUUGCUUCGCAGCUGCAGAUCCUGGCCGGUCCAGGGACGGGCAAGACCAAGACUCUUAUUUCGCGCGUGAUGUACCUGCUCAGUCAGAAUGUGCAUCCGAGCGAUAUGAUCAUCACGACGUUUACCGUCAAGGCCGCGAACGAGAUGCGCGAGCGGCUCGCUGAGAUGAUCGGGCCUUCGGUCGCGAAUAGGCUGAUACUCGGCACAUUUCAUUCGAUUUCGAGAAAGUAUCUUCACAAGUACGGCCACUUGAUCGGGAUCCCCUCAGGGUUUACAAUCGCAGACGACUCAGAUUCGCUGCACUAUGUCAAGGAUUUGUGUAAAGAUAUGGGAUUCAAAGAAGGCCGGACGGAAGCUCGCAGGGUCAGAGAUUUAAUCUCAAAAGCAAAGGCACAUGGAUAUUUUCCUGACUCGCCAGGUGUUACUGCCGAGAUCAACGGUAUCGAGCUUGAAGUUUAUAAAAAGUAUCAGGAGAAGCUGCAAGAUUCCAAAACACUCGACUUUGAUGACUUGUUGCUACAAUGUGUCAAACUGUUGCAAAGAUUUCCGAAAGUGGUUUCCAACAUCCAGGCAGUGCUUGUGGAUGAGUACCAAGACACAAACUCCGUACAGUACAAUUUGAUGAAACUUUUCGCCAAAGAAAGAGAAAACAUCACGAUCGUCGGCGAUCCGGACCAGUCCAUCUACGGUUUCCGCGCGGCAUUGGCGACCAAUCUUUCGCUCAUGGCCGAGGACUUUCCCGCAACGACCAUCAUCAGUCUUGAGGAAAACUACCGCAGCAGCGGUCACAUCCUCGACGCGGCCUUGACAGUCAUUCAGCAGGACACCGAGCGGAUAAAGAAGGAAGUACGGCCGAACCACGACAUGGGCGCGAAGCCUUCGUACAUUUCCGUCAUGGACACGACGGCCGAGGCACGGCUGAUUGCGGAGGAAGUCGAGCGGCUGUUGACGCUUUCGUGCGGGAUUCUCAAGCCGGCUGAUUUCGUGGUGCUCGUGCGGACAGGGUUUGCGAUGAAGCCGAUCGAAGCCGCGCUGACGCGGGUGGGAAUCGACUACCGCGUCGUCGGUGGGUCUCGGUUCUGGGAUCGCGAGGAGAUCAAGCUGGUGCUUUCGUAUCUACAUCUGAUCAAGAACCGGCGCAGUCAGUCGUUGCUGAAUAUCAUAAACUCGCCUAGGCGGGGCAUCGGCGGCAUGGCGAUGGUGGCACUGCUCGGUCACGCGAACGCGCAUGAGGUGCCACUCUGGGACGCGAUCGUGCUCGCGACCCAAGGCGAGCUGAAGGAGGAGAAUCGAUCAGCCGCUGGUGAAUAUGACAAAGCAUUUGCUGGAGAAGCUGGAGUAUAAGAGCGUGUUGAUGCGAAAACAUCCGGAAACGUGGU